AAACACAAGCUGAGAAAUCAGGUCCUUGUGUGAAAAGAACGUAUCCUUCUAGUACUGACGCUUCACAGUUGACAGGUUAAGUGGAAAAAGCAAGCACUUAUUUAAACAAGCGAAUCAAAAUCAAAUGAAUCCAAAUAUGCAAGUGGUCCGGAGUAACCCAAGAAGCGCACAACCACGACGACCAUGCACACAUAAUGUGUUAAGUUUAAUGCAGUUCAACAACCAAUUUGCAUUCGUAUGUGAUGGGUGUCGAGAGAUAGGGUAUGGAACUCGCUAUAAAUGCUCAGCAGGCUGUAAUUAUCAUUUGCACGAGAGAUGUCAUAUACCAAUUCAUGAAACUUACCAUCCUUUCUACGAACAAAGAUUGUUCAAAUUCCAUCGCCAACAUUCACCUAAUAUUCCUGGAUCGAUUGGGUUGAGAAACUUGUGUGAGUCUUGUGGUGAAGAAGUUAAAGGAUGGAUGUAUCGGACCGAUGAAAAUGCUUCUAACCGUGGGCGCAAUAUUUUCCUGCACCCUUGUUGCAUGCACCUACCUCACAGAGUCGAUGACAAUAGUGGAGAGAUUCUCAUUCUCAAGAAAAGGCUCGAGACAAUCAAAUGUCAUUUCUGCGACAACACGACACUUGGAGGUCGGAUUAAGGGUUGGGCAUAUAUAUUAAACAAUCAAGCUUUAGGUACUCAUGUUAAAUGCAUGGCGGACAUGAUGUAUAAAGAUUGGAAGGCAUAUUGUGACCAACAGUAUGUGAUAACCAACAUGAAUUAUUACAACGAUGAUCAUCGUAGGGCCCCAUGGGUUGGCAUAAGCGACAGUGCAUCAUCUAGUCAUGCUGGCCAAUCUAACAGUCAAACCUUGCAACUGGCUCGACCUCUAGGACAGAGAUGUCGAAGAUUUUGGACAUUGGCUAUGCUAGCUAUCAAAGUUUUUAUACAUUGUGUUUCAGGGAAUCUCGUUGAUGCCGUUGUUGCCGUCCAAGGUUCUUUUUGAAGUUGGGUUGUUUUAUGACCUUAGAAUAUUAAACUUGGAAUAUGAAAAAAGGGCGUUAAAUUUGAAUUAGGCCAAAUCUCAAGGCACUAAUUUGCAAUAUUUCAUAUAAGGAGGGACAUACUGGCAUGUUAUACUACUAUCUCUGUCAAACAAAAUAUGUUUUUCUUUCCACACUAGUAAUUAGUAAGUGUAUCAAAAAUCCAUAGAUUUUUAUGUAUACAGUGUAAACCUUUUAUCAUUUCAACACAUCAAAUAUCUAUGGAUCAAUAUAAUAUGGGUUACUUAUAAAUUGAAGGGUUCAUUAAUGUGUUGAUAUAAUUAGUUUUUCUUUUACACGCGCAGUCACAUGGUUAUUAAUCGUGCGGCUAACUGCCCAAAAGGCUUGGUAAAGGAAAACUAUGCAGUCACAUGUCUUUUAUCUCUCUUUA